ACGCUGAUUUGAAAAGAAUGGUGAUCACGUGUGAUGAUCUUACAUAUUUUUUAUUGAAAAAAAAACCUAGGAUGUCGCUCUGCAGUCUGUCAAGUCACACAUGAACCCUCUCGAGCAAGUCAAGGUGGAAAUGAGAAUGAAUGGAAUACUGUAUGCCCAUAUGCUGUUCUAAAUGAUAACAAGAAAUCAUCAAAGUCUUCACAAAUUAUGUUUAAUAAAAACACAUUACAAAAGCCAAUUUUUAGUGAGUCUGAAGAAAGACAAGAAAUUAUGUUUGGCGUAGAAAGUAUGAUGCUUCAAUUUGCUCAACUCACUCCUUCAAUAAAUUCUUCUGGUUCACAACCCGAAGAGCCUAUUAAAGAAGCAGAUCCAAUCCUUGAUAAAAUUAAAAUGGAAUGUAAAAAUAUCCUUCUUGAAUAUGAGCAACUGAAAAAUUUAGAUGAUAUAAUUUAUUCAUUAUCGGAAGAUGAAUCUUCGGUAAUUCGAACAAGACAUGAAGAAUUUGUGAAAUUAAUGUCACUUAUAACUUUAGAUAAUAAUCCAAUCACUCAAACAACUGUGGUAGGAAAAAUAUUUGCAGAACUUUUAUCUAAAAAUAUUCUUUCGAUGGAGGCCAUAACUCAAGGAAUUGAUGCUGUCCUUAAAAAUUGGAAUGAUUAUUUGAUAGAUAACCCUCAAUUUUUCUCCUAUAUUGCUGCCAUUAUUGCUCCAUUAUUAUUAUCACAAAAUGCUUCCUUUGAUUUUAAUAAUUUAAAAGAUUCGUGUACGUCAAUACGACCAGAUAAUUCUAGUAAAUUUUUCAUAGAAGUAUUAAAUAAAAUUCUUAGUUCCGAGGAAACACAAAACAUAAAAGAACAAAAAGGUGGUAUAUUGUGGAUUUACAAUAAGUGGAUGAUGUCACAAUAUGUUUCUCUUGAUGUAUUUAUGCCUAAUAACCAAAUAAAUAAUUUUUUUAAAAAUGAUCGAAUUGGAGUAUUCCUUUUAUCUAUUGCUAUGUAUGAUAAAAUGAAGCUGACUAAUAGUAAACUACUGUAUGAUAUAUUAAAUAGUUGGAUAAAUGUUAAUAUCAGUGCAGAAAUAAUAAAAUGUCCUCAGUUUGUGCGAGCAUUAACUAUAGCUAUUGUCAUAGUACGUUCAAAACUGAAUCAUUCUUAUGAAGAUUUCUUUGACCAUGCUCAUGUGAAAUUAUUGAAUUAUUAUAUUCGGUCUGAACCACUUCCAGAACCUGAAAUCCAGGCUCGAGAAGUUCAAUGUCUGUAUGGCAUUCAAAUAAUAUCUGGAGUACUUAAGCAUCCUAGAGGAAUGGUAUUAAGACUAUUUCAUACACUCUAUCAGUAUAGUAUUAUAAGUACAGAAUCGUUUGAACUAUGGAAAAAAGAAGAUGAAUUCAAAGCAGGAUUUGAUGAAGACUUGGAAACAAAAACCAUGGCUGUUGUAGUUUUAAAUUCAUUUUUCCUUUCACUAGCAGAAAACGAUUCUGAUUCUGAUGAAUCAUUUGAAUAGUGUACCAACACUAUCUUAUAGCUUCGUAUAUCCAUCAAUUGACACAAAUUUUUCUAUUUUUUUUAU